AUGAGCAUCACUAAAGAGACAGAAGAGAGAGGAGACGUGUGGCACUAUGAACAUGUGGGAGCAGAGGAAAGUCAUUAUGGAGAGGGCAGACAUACCCACGUCUUUUUCACAACGGCCUUUAGUAAGCACUUGCCCGGUCUGCCCCUGUACUCCUCGAGCAGAGUACUGGACGACGUCACUCUCUACUGGUACGACAGCCAUACCCGGCUCCUGGAGGUCCGGGCUCCAUGGUUUAAAAAUACCGGUGUCAACCUAUGGAGAAUCAACCUCCAUGAAAUGAAUUAUCAGCUGACGAUGCAAAGAUAUUUACAGGCUAUAAAAAACAGGCUAAACUCCAGUGAAGAAUAUGAUAUGCUUCAGAAGAAGGAAGGUUGUAUUCUCUAUGACAAUGGAACAGUACAGGGAUUUAUAAGUGAAGCAUAUAACGGGAAACUCUUCACCCAUUUUGACAUAGAAGCUGCAGUCUGGGAAACUGAAAUCCCGGAGGCUCAGAUCUUUGUAGAAGCCUUGAAUUCUAACAAGACGGUGAAUGAAGAUGUUAAAAAAGAAUUAAUGGGCACAUGUAUGUCCUACAUCAGGUGGCUGAAGACUCUAAGAAAUGGCACAUUAACCAAGAUAGAGAAGCCGACUGUGAGAGUCAUGGGAAGAUCUAUAUCCAUUGAUAUUGUCACGCUAUCCUGCAAAGCUUAUGGUCAUUACCCCAGGGACAUCUCCUUGAAGUGGUGGAGAAAUAAUCAGCAGGUACCAGAGGAGGAGAUACAGAGACUGACUCUGCCUUUCCCUGACCAAACAUAUCUGUCCUUAUCAACUCUUGAUAUAACACCAAUUACUGAGGAUCUGUAUACCUGUGAGGUCAACCACAGCAGUCUGGAAGUGGUGGUGAGACACCAUUGGAAACCAUUUCAGCAGAGUCUGCAUUCGCUCUCACAAGAUACCGGCGGCCUCUCCUUUGGGAUAGUGAUUGUCCUUUCGCUUACCGCAGUGCUUUUGUUGUUUGGUACAGUCCUUGGACUGGUAGCGCUUGACAAAAAGAGAUGCUCUGCUAGCCCCAAUGACUCUCACGAUCCUCCAGUCUUUUUAAUCACAGUGAAGAGAUACAAUCCAUUUGACCCUUUACCAAACCCUCCGAUGAAUGUUAUAAGUAUCAACAAGGUGCUAGUGGUUCGCCUUCAAGCCAAGACCGGCAAUAUUCACUUGUGUACCUCUAGGCUAAGACAAGACAACAGUAGAUGA